AUGACAUUCACAAGCCAGGGUACUCACAGCUCGAGUGCGCCGAGCUUUUCGGAAGACCCGGGCACGAAUGGAGUCGAGAGGACAUCGAGCCGGACGCAGAGCAGAAACGUCUCGUCCUCAUCCAAGCGUCUUGCCAAUACCUCUGAAGCGUCGUCCAAAAGUAAUCGAUAUGUCGCUACGUUGGAAGACUUUCAGCUCAUCCGCGUCCUGGGCAAGGGGUGUGCUGGACGAGUCCUCCUUGUAAAGCAUACCGCUACCAAUCACAUCCACGCCAUGAAGGCCAUCUCUAAACGCUCUGUCCUCACGCACGACGAGCUCGGCCAUACUCUUACUGAAGUCUCCAUCCUCCGUCGUAUGACUACAGAAGAACCGCAUAACCGGUUCGUUUCGAGGCUGCACUAUUCCUUUACGGAUAGAGAAAACUUUUACUUUGUCAUGGAAUUCUAUCCGGGAGGGGAUAUGGCUACGCAGAUGGAGAUCUAUGGGAUUCUUGGAGAUCAUCGAACGAGGUUCUACGCGGCGGAUAUCACGCAAGGUCUUGAAGAUCUCCACCGCCACGGCAUCAUAGUGCGCGACUUGAAACCUGAAAACAUCCUUCUCAACGCCAAAGGCCACGCCGUCCUCGCCGACUUUGGUCUGUCGAAAGAAUUUCCCUACCGCGGCGAACCAAAAGCGGUACACGUGGUGACUUACCCUGGCCAGCCGGCGCUGCCGAUCUGGGCGGGCAAGGGUGCCGGGAGUUUGAGAGAGCUGUCAAGUGGUGGGACCAAGUUGGUCGUCGACAAGGCGUACAGUUUUGUGGGCACGUCAGAAUAUCUUUCUCCCGAAGUGGUCAAACGAGGCGACUAUUCGUAUGCGGUCGACUGGUGGGCUUUGGGGUGUAUAGUCCUCGAAGGUCUCAUUGGGCGGGUGCCGUUUAGGAAAGCCGAAGAUGAUCCUCCAAUGGUCUUGUGGAACAAGAUCCUAUAUGAGCCUUGGGAGGACUGCUUUAGAGACCCCAAGCUAGCUCGGCAUGCUCCCGACCAGGUCACUUUCAACUUUGUCGAUGCUCUGCUACAAAAAGAUCCCAUGCGCCGCCUCACCGAGCCCUACAUCAAAGAACACGACUACUUUUCCAUGAUCGACUGGGGCACUGUCGAGCGCGGCGAGUAUCAAGACCCCCACGGGCUCCACAUCCACCCCACCGCAGAGUACAACACCCGCUACUUUCCCAAACUCUGCCUGCAAGAAGACCCCACGGUGGACAUGUCUACGCAUGACUUACGAGACUAUGAAGCCGGCGGUGGAAAGAGGACGCCGAUGAAUGAUGAGGUGCUGUUCAAGUUGGAGCAGGCAAAGUACAGGAGAGAGCUUGAAGGCUUUAUUUGGUCGAGAGAGUGGGAGUGGGACGGGGUGGAGAGUGAGGUGACGGGGUAUGAGGACGACAGUAUCCUCGAAGGAGCCAGUGCAGGGGAGGGCAGCUCAGUGGCGUAUGGAGACGAGGGGUCGGUGCAGGAAGAGGUGCCGGAUGCGUUGCCCGAGACGCUACCCGUCCCUGCGACCAUCUCGCCUGAUACCACGCCCUUGCCACCCGCGCUUCCUUUGCCUCUUACACCCGAGACACCUCUAGAGUUGAAGGAGGAUCCGGCCCGGGGAGAAGCGUUGCCACUGCCAACGCCGGUCGCGGAAGUCUCUAUCAAUAUACCCCCGCCGCCCGAUGUGUCAGACGAAGAGGUCUUGGACAAAGUAGUCCCCGGACCACCGGAUGCUGUCGAGGAAGAGAUUUCAGAGCAUCCCAUUCAGAAUGCCGCUCCCGACAAAGACCUCGUUGCCGAAGACACCCUGGAGACGCCCUCGGAAACUCUUACACCCGAGAUGCCCACUCCCGAUGCCCAACCGGCCGACGAGAGUUCGGCAGCUGCUACCAUCCUCGAGACUCCCUCUUCCCCUGCCGUACCUCUAUCCACCACCCCUCCUCCGCUGCAGGAACUCGAAGAGCAUAUACCGCCCAUCCCUGCACCUAUCCCGAAGAAGGCGCCAUCGUCUAUACUGUUACCUCAGAGUCCGCACAGCAAGGCGGUGAGGAUCCCGUCCCCUGCUUCCGUCCAGCUGCCCUCGCCCACUUAUGAGCGUAUCCUGAACCUACCCACCGACUUGCCCUACUCGGGGCUUUCCACAUCAGACGUCAUAUCCGUACACUCCCACACCCGUGUUGGUGGCCAGCAUGCCUCGCCGAGGCUGUUGAGAAGGCGUCUGAGGCGGGACAGCGAAGAGACUAUCCCUCUGGCGAGGCUGAGUGUGGAGUUGCACGGGACAGUAACGCAGUUGGAAGAGGAAGACUGGGAAGAGCUUGGCAUGGAUGUCGACAGGGAAGGCAUGAUGAUGAUCCCCACCGCUCCCAACGGUGCUGGUGUGACAGGCGCCCUGCCUUCAUCCUUCUUCAAGACCAUCAGAGCGUCCGCCCUGCGCCGGAAACCGUCCCUUGUUUCGUCCUCUUUGAGAAUACAGUAUGGCAGGGGCGAGUCUGAUGUCUCGUCGCGUGGGUCGUCUGCGAGCCCGACCAAGUCGGAAGGCAGUCGAGGGUUAUUUAGCGGAAAAAGCGGCAUGGAAAGUACAAAGAGGGCAUUCAAGGGGUCCAAGAUCUUUCCCCGUCUCAAGGGAUUGGGUAUGGGGACGCCUAUGACCAGCCCCCCGUCGUCUUUUCACGCACCCAUGAGUGACGCAUCUUGCUCUUCUCCCGUCAAGGAAAAGAGCGGCCCCCGAGUCCGUGAUCCAUCGCGUCCUGGGAACAGGCGGAGUCAUACCGAAUCAGGCUGGUUUGACCGACAUCUGAAACGUUCAAAACCGUCCGCUGCCGCCAGGCAUGCGCAAAAGCAAGCCUAUUCUGUCCCUCAGUCGCCUACCAAGUUUGGUAUCGAGAACACAAAUGGGACGAGGCAGAGGGUGAGCAUAGUGGAGCGCAAGGGGGUGGCGCCGAGGUUGGAGCUAGAGAAGAGUGAGCCGGUACAGUGGGGGUUUAAUCUGUAG